AUGCCUUCGAAGACCCGUAGUGAACCCAUCAAGCCACUUGAUGACCUCGGCACACUCGCUCAGACCUACUUUACACCUCAUCUGCGUCGCCCUCGACUAGUCCAAGAGCCUAUACCGCCUUCUCUGGCGGCAUCUCGCCUGCCUCCACCGUGCGCUGAAGUGGACGAGAGACCUCGGUGGAGGUAUCGACGAUUCAAGCGGUGGCAAGAUGCCGUCGUGCCGCUGAGAAAGGCAGUAGUGGAUCAGAAUCGGAGGGCACACCUGAGGAGGUAUCAGACCUUUGCCAUUCCUUCUAACCCCGUCGUGCGACGAGGUCUGUCAGCUAUACAGUGGACUCCUGCGCAGACCCCUCAUCCUAGCAGGCUGUCGGCUCCGGUCCAAGAAGCCGUUCUCGACCAUCACCUGCUUAGCUCAGAGCACUCAAGUCCCUCACCUCUCGUGCAGCCAUUCCCAUAUUCUCCGCCCCGGCCGCAAUCUUACGAUGGUUGGGGCAAGCUGCCAAAAGCUGAGCGUCGCGCCAGACGGCUCCGACUUCUCCAGUUCAAGUAUGCUUUGGACCAAGAACAUGAGCGCCGAUUCAGAUUAGCCAUGGCGUCGGUCAUUCCUGAUCUGAUUGCUUUCGAGAGCAAGUUUUUGACCCAAUUCUUCCGUGACAUCCGCAAAAAGUCUAGCAAUAUCUGGCAUUGGGUCGAUCCGACAAGACAUCAACCAGUAUCUCGGCGACAAGAGAUCCAUGCGGCAGUGAAGAAGACUGAAAAUGAGCGGAAAGCGAGAAAAGAGAGGAGAAGUGCGAUGCAACAGAACAAACUUCAAGCACAGAGCAGCGCAAUUGCUCCCGCCCCUCCUCCUCGCCAGGCACCUGAAUCCAUUGCGAAGAAUCUGACAGGGAUCUCCGGGCAGCGUCGAACCAAGAGUCCAAAGACGCCGGCUGCUCGAAGCGAUGAGGACGGUCUGAGCACGUCGCCCGACUUGACGGAUGGUUCGACAGCUUCAGAGACUGGCAUACGGACCCCGACCUCAAAGGCGGAUCGACCAAGAAAGCUUGCAACCCUCAAGACUGCUCCGGUGAGCACCAGUAGUCCGCCUGAUGCCGGUCCAGAAGCAAUCGGCACAAAACCUUCGACCUUGCAAGAGAACGCGCCGAAAGCUAAGCGAUCGAACCGCUCCUCGGAAGCUGUCAAUUACGACCGUGAUCAGUCUACACCUCGAUCUGCCUCCGGACGACAGGCUCGAUCAUUGCCCCUGACGCCUUUCGAGCCUACCGAGCUCUGUCGAAAACAGGAUCAGACCGUCCAUGUGCAAGAUCUCGAAAGGUUGUUGAGUCUGCUCAGGGUCGAGAAUCAACAUCUCAAAGCAGGAGGCGUGACGCACAACAGUCCGGCUGACAUUUCAGGAGAGCGGAGACGGACCGCACCGAGGCAUGCUUCACAUCGCAGCGGGGCAUCUGGGAAAUCUCAAGCGUCACGGUCAGAUGAGGACGAAUCUGUAUCGGUAGCGAUAGAGACGACGAAGAACGCUGGAUCGACAUUGGAAACCCACACAGCUGAACCUGAGCCGUACCAUCAGCAGGAGAGCGAUAUCCCGAUCCAGAUGGGGAACAUGUCAUCCGGGGGAACAGCUCGAUUGGCUAAUCUUGAGGACAUGGUGCCACGAAGACCUGACAUCGAUUCGAUUCAGUGCAAAAUUCGAAUCCCUGAGACUGCUGCAAACCUGCACUCGCCAGACGUGUCCGCCGCGACAACUUCCGCAGCUCAUGCCUCGUCUUCUCCUCUGCCCCUCGGUGAUCUCAAUAUAGAUGUCGAUACUGCUCUUCCCGUUUGCUCAUCAUCGACACGUCGUCCCGUCUCGCGAUUGGAGUCUGAGCACAGUUUGAGAGUAGACUAUGAGCUCGAAGAGGAGGAGGACAGCAGCGACGAUUCCUCGAAGUUGAGUGGUGCUGAGGACGCUCAGUCUCACGAUACUGCCGAUUCGUUUGACGAUGACUCAACUCUCGACACUGACUUGUCGGCAUUGGCUAAGUCGGCUCAUCAUCGCUCGAUCCAUGCGAUUUAA